ACAAACAAAGAAAUCAUUCGCAUGGUUAGAAAAGCAAGAAAGAAAAAAUGUCACAAACGCCGAGAAAGUGAGUGAGCCAUCACUGUCAUUAAUUCAUUAAAACUCACAAAAACCCACCAAUGUCGGAAUUAUACAUAUAUAUAUACCAAUAAAGAGAGAAAUCGCUUAUAUAUUUUUAUCAUUACAUUAGGGCGAAGCGAACACAAAUAGAAUCGCGGCUUAUCUAAGCGAUUUUAGCGAACAACCACCAUGGCCCACGGUGGCUAUGGCAAGCGCAGGGUCAAGCCCGCCGCUCGCCGAUCGAAGAGCUUGGGCGUAGAGAAGAAGGCCAAGGCCAAGCCUAAGGCCAAGCCCGUCACGCUCAAGAACCAGAUUCGAUCCAUCGAGCGCAUGCUCAGGAAGGAUUUACCACCUGAUGUUCGGGAGGCUCAAGAGAAGAAGCUAGAAGGACUCAAGAAACAGCAGGAGAUCCAUUCUCGUCUUGCUAUUGAACGCCAAAUAUUCUUGCGAGAUAGGAAGAUAAAAUUUUUUGAGAGAAGAAAGGUAGAAAGAAGAAUUAGACGUCUAGAGAAAUCCCAACGUUCUUCAUCUGGUCAGGCACAAGAUGCAGAGAUUGCUGAACAACUUUCUAAAUUGAAAGAAGAUCUUGAAUAUGUUAGGUUUUUCCCCAAGACUGAGAAAUAUGUGUCUUUAUUUACUGGAGGUGAUGGCUCAGACAUAGUUGAUUCGAGAAAUAAAUUGCGCAAGCAAAUCAAAGCCAACUUAGUAGCUGCUGCAGCUAGUGGGAAGGAUUUGGAAGAGACAGGGAGUGAGGAUGAUGGGCUUUUGGAUCUAAGUGAAGAUGAUUUCUUCCUUAGUGGUAGUUCAAGUGAUGAAGCAGAUGCAGAUGAUGAAUGGACUGACAAGAGUACAAGGGAACAGGCUUCUAGUGCUUCAGGCAAAGCAGCAUCUGGCAUGUCCAGUGAUGAAAGGAAUCAGAGACAGAUUUCUGCCAGAGCUUUAAUGCCUCCACCCCGGCCAUCCACCAAUAGCGUAUCAACUUCAGGUCGCUUUCAAUCAAGAUUCGGGCCUUCAUCAAGCAAAAAUAAAUCGAUACAGCGGGCUGAAAUGUCAACAUCCAGCAACACAUCAAAUAGCCGAAGUGGUUCUUCCUAUAAAUCAAGGAGCUUCUCAAACUCAAAGACAGGUCACAGUAGCAACCUAAGUUCCAACUCUGAUGCUCAUAAACCCCGAAGAAAGAGAAGGCCAAAGAAGAAAAAGCAGCAGGCAUAAAUUGGACGGAUUUGCUGCUGAUGUGGUGUUGCUAUAAUCAAUUUAACCAGUUUGUGAGAUGUUUAUGCAAAACAUAAAGCUUAAUUGUUUAAUCACCAAUUGUUUCUUAUCUUCUUUCAUAGAUAGGUUAAGAAUCUGUCCUCACCAUUCUCUAUAAUGAUUAGGUCGACCAUUCUUACUUGAAGCUAGGUUUUUGAGUAUUUAUUUCCAAAGUAACUGUAGUUGAAGUCAAAAUGAGUCCCCUAGGGGAUACCUGGUAAAUUGGGAAGUGAUGGUGUUGUGUUAGUAUGGAAUUCUUGGUGCUCAUUGUACUAAUAUGUAUCAGAAAGUUGCUUUGAUUUUGGGAAAGCCAUAAUGUUUUUUUUUUCUUGGUCA